AUGUAUGAUUCCUACUUGAGCCGUAUUUUCGGCGACCAAGCAGACAAGUUUCGCGAGUCGAAAGUGUUGAUGGUUGGUGCGGGAGGAAUUGGGUGCGAGCUACUGAAGGACCUGUUGCUCAUGAACUACGGAGAGAUCCAUAUCUUGGACCUGGACACCAUAGACCUAUCAAACCUAAAUCGUCAGUUUUUGUUCCGUCAGAAGGAUAUCAAGCAGUCGAAGGCACUGACCGCUCAGAAAGCUGUUGAGUCGUUCAACCAUAAUAGUAAAUUGGUUGCCCACCAUGGAAAUAUCAUGGAUACAAACAUGUUUCCGCUUUCAUUUUUCAAGCAGUUCAACAUCAUCUUCAAUGCUCUCGAUAAUCUCGAGGCCCGCUUUUAUGUCAACAAAAUUGCGUUGUUUACGAAAAUCCCACUCAUAGAGAGCGGCACGUCUGGUUUGAAGGGCCAGGUGCAACCGAUUUAUCCAUACCAGACUGAAUGCUUUGCAUGUAUUCCCAAGGAACAGCCAAAGUCGUUCCCCGUCUGCACCAUCCGUUCCACACCAUCCAAGCCAAUCCAUUGCAUAACAUGGGCCAAGAACUUUUUAUUCCCCCAGCUGUUCGGGGAAGACGCCUCGGAACAGGACAAACUUAAGCCCCAGGACGUGGACAGCGACAAUAAAGCCGAAAUUGAGGCUCUUCUGAAAGAGUCCAACGAACUGCUGGACCUCAAGGCUCUCGUUAUGAACGCAGUGCCUGAAGACGAUAGCUAUGUGUAUAAGAUCAUUGCCAAGAUCUUCAAGGACGACAUUGAACGGUUGCUUCUGAUCGAGACUCUGUGGACGACCAGAGAGAAACCGACUCCAUUGGAGUUUGAAGAAACUAAAGCACAAACGUUUGAUGGACAAAGACUCUGGACGGCUGCCGAAAAUGUUGCUGUCUUUGUUGAUUCCACGCACAAGAUCGCCCAGCGUCUGAAAACAGGUCCAGUCGACUUCGACAAGGACGACGAGGACACGCUGGAUUUUGUUGUUUCUGCGGCCAACUUGCGGUCGCAUGUGUUCCAUAUCCCGCUCAAGACCAAGUUUGAGAUCAAGCAAAUAGCAGGAAACAUUAUUCCCGCGGUUGCAACCACCAAUGCCAUCAUGGCUGGAUUCAGCGCGCUUUCGUCCAUCCAUGCCUUCUACAACACUGUGGAAGAAAAGGUCAAGCACUCCAAGAUGGUGUACGACUCGAACCAGCCCGCGAGGUUCGUGAACAGCUCGGGAUUGGCUCCUAGAAACAACAGGUGUCCUGCCUGUUCUGUGACCAGAGGUAUCAUCACGUUGGACCUUUCACAGCUCACAGUCAACGAUAUCAGAGAGGCCAUCAUUGCAAAGUAUGGCUACUCGGACGACAUUGGAAUUGCAGAUGGUAGCAGGUUGUUGUACGACUACGAUUUCGACGAUAAUCUAGAGACCAGUUUGGACAAAGUGUGUGCUUACGGUGAUGUUCUGUUUAUAACUGACGCGGACGAGGAACUCGACUCUCUCGAACUGUUUAUUGACAGGGGAGACGCUCUGGAGUUGCCUGCUUUUACGCUUCCGAAGGCCGUGAAAAACACCGACACCCCAGAAGAUGAAGACGAUGAGGACGACUUUGCGCUUGAAGGUGAGGUGAUCGACCUGGACGGUCCAAAGCGCAAAGCAGAGGACGAGAAAGAGCCAGCCGCCAAGAAACGGAAGCUGGAUGCAAGUGCUGAAAUAGAAAUCGUAGAAUUAUGA